CUCCUGAGUUAAAUGAACAUGUAGACGUCAGAAAAAAGAGUUGAUAACAAGAGUGGAGGACGUGUGUCGUCUUUAUUUUGGCGGUGCGAAGAGCCACAUUGCAGCGUAUUUGGACUUUUAAUGCCAUGUUUCAGAAAAUGCUGUGCGUCACACUUGACGCCAAGACAGCGACGUUAGCACGAAGACGAAAACGUGACUAAAGUAGACAUGUUCAUCCCAAUGGAUAUUUUGCUGCAAGCCCAACUAUGUGGGUUCUUUUGCCCUCCGGUGGAGGUUGUGUUAGUGACUUUAUCCGAACAUGAGUCGGCCAGUGAGCCAACCCAAGUCCACAGCAAACAUGUCCGUGUCAACAGUACCUGCAGCUCGGCCCGCUCCACAUCCCACUGGGCCCUGUCCACCUCAAAACGGGCCCACUCGUGCUGAAGGAAGUGCAGAAUUCCUGGGAUGCUGUACUGAGCCCGGGCCGCCUCUCCGUCGCCAGGCUGCGGCACUUUGGCGUUCCCUCCGCCGGGCAAGCCGAGGAGGACGGCCGGGCCCGCCUGCUCGUCCAUGGCCGGACAGAAGCCGUGCAGCUCAGCCGAGGGGGCUGGUUCCUUCCAGUGAGACAAGAGCGUCCAUGGAGGAGAUCCACGCAGGAACAGCUGGAGGACACGUCCAGCUCACGGAAUCUGCAAGGAUCACGUCUUCCGGUCCCGGGUUUCAAAGUAAGAGCACACAGGCUCACUAAUUACAUUCGAACAUGCUAGUGAAACAGACAUUUGAACGUUUUGUCUUCUUAGAGAGACAUUGUUUUCAACACAACACAACACGACCAUUAUACAGCGAGUUCAAAUGUCUUCAUAAGGAGAAACAACACUAGUACUUUGAUGCAAUUAUUAGUGUCAAGUGUCAGCAUGAGGUCAAAGUGGACAGCAGAAGACAUGUCUGUCACUACCUGGGGUCACGUACAUGGUGACGUCACACAUACAGGACGCGCUCAACAAUCAAGAGACAUAACGUCUACAAAGACUUAAGUAAAAAUGUAACCUAACCAACUAGAACUAAACCCCCGCCCCACAAAGUCUAGACCAAGUAGACCACGUGUUAAUCAGCUGAUGAAUGACAGCCUGUGUGCACACUAUUUAACGUCCGCGCUCCCGGCUCACGCGCCCGCCCUCCAAGAUGCCUCCCCUGGAGAGGAGCCAGCAGCUGCACAGCAAGCCCUUCAAACAGAGGAAGAGCUUUGCCACCAGGAAGCAGGAGGUGGCAGGAAUCCGCUCCAAAUUCCCAAAUAAAAUCCCGGUGAUUAUAGAGCGUUAUGAGCGGGAGAAGUUUCUUCCUCCGCUGGACAAAACAAAGUUUCUUGUUCCUCACGAGCUCACCAUGAACCAGUUUGUCACCAUCAUUAGGAACCGCAUGGCGCUGCUUCCCUCUCAGGCCUUCUACCUGCUCAUCAACAACAGCGGCUUGGCCAGCAUGACUCUCACCAUGGCGCAGGUCUACAGGGACCACCAGGACGAUGACGGCUUCCUAUACAUGACCUACGCCUCGCAGGAGAUGUUUGGACACGGGACAUGUUUUUAAGACUAUAUUGUCAAUGUAAAUAGAAAAAAUGCUGUGGCUUUUAAUGACGCUGUGCAUCAAUAAAUCUUAUGUAACAACCUUUUUGUUUUACAAAA